CCACCACCACCAGCCUGCACAGUGGAAAAGGAUGAUGGAUCCAUGUUCUCAUUCUGUUUACACCAAAUUCUGACUCGACCAUCUGAAUGUCUCAACAGAAAUCGAGACUCAUCAGACCAGGCUACAUUUUUUAGUCAUUAACUGUCCAGUUUUGGUGAGCUGGUGCAAACUGUAUCAUCUUUUUCCUAUUUGUAGUGGAGAUGAGUGGUACCAGGUGAGGUCUUCUGCUGCUGUAGCCCAUCCGCCUCAAGGUUGUGCGCGCUGUGGCUUCACAAAUGCUUUGCUGCAUUCCUCGGUUGUAACGAGUGCUUAUUUCAGUCAAAGCUGCUCUUCUAUCAGCUUCAAUCAGUCGGCCCAUUCUCCUCUGACCUCUAGCAUCAACAAGGCAUUUUCGCCCACAGGACUGCCGCAUACUGGAUGUUUCUCCCCUUUCACACCAUUCUUUGUAAAGCCUAGAAAUGGUUGUGGGUUAAAAUCCCAGUAACUAUGUUUAUGUUUAUUUAUUUAGCAGACGCUUUUAAAGCGACUUACAAUUUAUAACCUAUAGGGCAUGUUGUGAUCUGUGGGGGAAACCGGAGUACCCGGAGGAAACCCAUGCAUGCACGGGGAGAACACGCAACUCCACGCAGAAAGGCUGCAGCCGAGUUUCGAACCUGCAACCUUCAUGCUGCGAGGCAACAGUGCUAACCACUGCGCCACCAUGUAGCCCUGAGCAGAUUGUGAAAUACUCAGACCGGCCCGUCCGGCACCAACAACCAUUCUGACCUUCAGUUUGGAGUUCAGGAGAUCGUCUUGACCCGGACCGCACCCCUAGAUGCAUUGAAGCAACUGCCUUGUGAUUGGUUGUUUAGAUAAUUGCAUUAAGGAGAAGUUGAACAGAUGUUCUUAAUAAUCCUUUAGGUGAGUGUAGAUGAAACCGGCACGAUACAAGUGUUAACACAAAGUGUUUAGAAGUCCCUUUGUGCUCUUUCACGUGCUUUUUGUCUAACAACAUCCGCUUUUCCAAGUAAAUGUGUUUCUAACAAGUCAACUGUAACCAAAGUUAAUAUUUGUAGUUGGGUGUGGUAGAGCACAGGUCACAACAAUUUAGUCAGUCUGGUGUUGCUUUUAACUUUUACUGCAGCCUGGUGUUUUUUAUGUGUUUAGAAGUUUUAUGUGUUCCAGGUGACCUGUACAAGGACGUGUGUGUGUUGGUUUUCUGAUUGUGACUCUUGUUUUUCGCGUCUCAGAGCCUUUAUGAAGAAGCAGCAGCAGCUGAGCGCUCUCAGGGUGAUGCAGAGGAACUGUGCUGCAUAUCUCAAACUCAGAAACUGGCAGUGGUGGCGACUGUUCACUAAGGUGAAGCCUUUGCUCCAGGUGACUCGACAGGAUGAGGAGAUUCAGGCUAGAGAGUCUGAGCUGAACAAGGCCAAGGACAAACUCGCCAAAGCCGAACAGGAAUACACUGAUUUGGACAGGAAGCACGCUCAGUUGCUGGAGGAGAAGGCAGUGCUGACCGACCAGCUGCAGGCGGAGGCAGAGCUGUUUGCAGAGGCGGAGGAGAUGAGGGCCAGGUUAGCCAGUCGGAAACAGGAGCUGGAGGAAGUUCUGAGCGAGAUGGAGAGUCGGCUGGUGGAGGAGGAAGAGAGGGGCGUGCAGCUAGGGAACGAGAAGAAAAGGAUGCAGCAGACGUUACAGGACCUGGAGGAGCAGCUGGAGGAAGAAGAAAGUGCGCGACAGCGCCUCCUUUUGGAGAAGGUUACCUUGGAGACCAGAGUGAAGAGUUUAGAGACGGAUCUCCUAACUGCAGGGGAGCAGAGAGACCGAGUCAUCAAGGAGAAAAAGCUGCUGGAGGAGCAUCUGAGUGAGGUGACAGACCAGCUUACUGAGGAGGAGGAGAAAACUAAAAGUCUAAACAAACUUAAGAACAAACAGGAGGCUAUCAUCGCCGAUUUAGAGGAGCGUCUGAAGCGUGAGGAGCAGGGCCGCUUGGAGCAGGAGAAGUGGAAGAGGAGGAUGGAGAGUGACUCUCUGGAGGCUCAGGAGCAGCUGUCGGACCUGGGCAUGCUAGCUGCUGAGCUGAGGGGAACGCUGUCUCAAAAGGAGAAAGAAAUAACCUCCUUACAGGGCAGGCUGGAGGAAGAAAGCGCACGUCGGGCUGAAGCUCAGAGGGCUCUGAGGGAGUCCUUGUCCCAAGUGUCUGAGCUGAAGGAGGAGGUGGAGAACGAACGAGGGAUGAGGGAAAGAGCGGAGAAACAGAAGCGAGACCUCGGGGAGGAGCUGGAGGCUCUGAGAACUGAGCUGGAGGACACACUCGACACCACAGCAGCACAGCAAGAGCUGAGGUCUCGUCGGGAGGCGGAGUUAAAUGAUCUGCAGCGAUGUGUCGAAGAAGAGACUCGCCGCCAUGAGGUGCAGCUGUCAGAGCUCAGAGUGAAACACAGCGCUACCAUAGACAGCCUUCAGGAGCAGCUGGACAACAGCAAGAGAACUCGACAGUCCCUCGAGAAAGCCAAAGCCAUGCUGGAGGAGGAGAGGCAGAACUUAAUGGAUGAGAUUAAGAGCCUCCAAGGGAGCCGUUCUGACAGCGAGAGAGGUCGCAAAAGGGCCGAAAGUCAGCUGCAGGAGCUCAACGCCCGUCUGGCUCAGGCCGACAGAGAGCGGGAAGACCGGGAGGAGCGACUACACAAGCUGCAGUGUGAAAUUGAAGGCCUCUCCAGCAGUUUGUCAUCCUCUGAUAGCAAAUCUCUGCGGCUCGCUAAAGAAGCAAACAACCUGGAGAGCCAGCUGCAUGACGCAAAGGAACUGCUGCAAGAUGAAUCUCGUCAGAAGAUGGCUCUGGCCUCAAGGGUGCGAGCUCUGGAGGAGGAGAAGAACGGACUGAUGGAAAGACUAGAGGAGGAGGAGGAGAGGGUCAAAGAGAUGGCGCGUCAGAUACAAACGCACACCCAGCAGCUCACAGAGCUCCGUAAGCAAUCAGAGGAGGUGAGCACAGCGGUGGAGGCUGGAGAGGAGGUGCGCAGGAAGCUCCAGAGAGAGCUGGACAGCACCGCUCAAAGAGAGCGACAGAAGGAGGAGGAGAAGGAACGAGUGGAGAGGCAGAGGGAACGACUGAGGGAGGAGUUGGAGGACAUGACAAUCGCCCUGCAGAGAGAGAGGCAGAACUGCACCGCUCUUGAAAAACGGCAGAAGAAGUUUGACCAGUCUUUAGCGGAGGAAAAGGCAGUGAGCGCUCGUCUGGCGGAGGAGAGGGACAAAGCGGAAGCAGACAACAGAGAGAAGGAAACAAGAUGUCUGUCGCUGUCUCGUUCCCUGCAGGAGGUCCAGGACCAAAGAGACGAGCUGGAGAGGAUCAACAAGCAGCUCCGUCAGGAGAUGGAGCAGCUCGUAAACCAGCAGGACGACGUCGGCAAAAAUGUCCACGAGCUAGAGCGGACCCGGAGAGCCUUAGAAACAGAAGCUCAGAGCUUACGAACUCAGACUGAGGAUCUGGAGGAGGAGCUGGCGGAGGCGGAGGACUCGAGGCUGAGGCUGGAGGUCACUCUGCAGGCACUCAAAGCUCAGUUCGAGAGGGAGAUCGCUGCCAGUGAAGAGAAGGGAGAGGAGAAGAGGAGGACCCUCAGCAAGCAGGUGAAAGAGUUGGAGAUUCACUUAGAGGAAGAGAAAACUCAGCGGGCUCAGGCUGCGUCGUCCAAGAAGCAGCUGGAAGCAGAGCUGCAGGAGGCCGAGGCCCAACUGGAGGCAGCCAGUCGUGGCAAAGAGGAGGCUGUUAAGCAUCUACGGAGGCUGCAGGGUCAAAUGAAGGAAGUUCUUAGGGAGCUGGAUGAGACCAAGUUAUCUCGGGAGGAGGUGAUCGCUCAGUCCAAAGACAGCGAGAAGAAAAUACAAACACUAGAGGCAGAGGUGCUGCAUCUCUCAGAGGAGCUGGCUGUGUCCGAGAGGCAGAAGAAACAGGCUCAGCAGGAGAGGGACGAGCUAUCAGAGGAGAUGGUCAACAGCAGUUCGGGAAAGAACGCACUGUUUGAAGAGAAACGGAGGCUGGAGGCCCGAGUCAGUCAACUGGAAGAGGAGCUGGAGGAAGAGCAGAGCAACUCUGAGCUGGUGGCAGAAAGGCAAAGGAAGACCGCUCUGCAGGUGGAGACUUUGACGGUGCAGCUGCAGGGAGAAAGGACCUUAGCCCAGAAGGCGGAGAUGUCCCGAGAGCUGCUGGAGAGGCAGAACAAGGAGCUGAAGACCCGGCUGGAGGAGCUGGAAGGAGCAGUGAGGGGCAAACACAAGCUCAGCGUCGCCGCCCUGGAGGCCAAGGUUGAAUCAAUGGAGGAGCAGCUGGAACAAGAGAGACAAGAAAGAGCCAUCGCCAACAAACUGGUGCGUAAGACGGAGAAGAAACUAAAGGAAGUGAUGAUGCAGUCGGAGGACGAGAGGAGACACGCAGACCAGUACAGAGAACAGCUGGACAAGUCAAUGGUCCGACUCAAGCAGCUGAAGAGGCAGCUGGAAGAGGUGGAGGAGGAGAACUCUCGCUCCAACGCUCAGAAACGGAAGCUGCAGCGGGAGCUGGAGGAGCUAACGGACAGCAGUCAGACCAUGACCCGAGAGAUCGGCUCGCUCCGCAGCCAGCUCAGCACCCCUGACUGGAGGCCGGAGAAGCGCGCUCCGUUGCCUCUGGCGAUGCGCGGACGGAGAGCCUUCGUCGACGACUUCUCACUGGAGAACUCUGACUCAGAGGACCCCCCUGCUUCCCCCACCCCCACCUCUGGACUCUCGCAGAACCUGACUCCGUCCUCAGAACAAAGCCUGGACCCUCCGCCUCCCUACAGCGUCAACAGCACCGAGUGAAGCUGGCUGGAGGGGUGAAGGAGCGACGCACACACCACAACGCUCGUUCCAAACUGAAAAAAGUCCUAGAAAACAGAUUCAACAGGUGCUAUAACAAUGAAACAACCUCCUGGAGACUUUGAACAAUUCCCCCAAGAAACACAGAAAACAUGAAAUUCGACGUUACAAAGCAAGGAUUGAUUUUAUUUAGCAGUUUGACAAAGACUGAUCGUUUUACAUUACAUCUCUUUAAUGAUGACGAAUAAACUAAACGUCUUUAUGCUCUAGAGGGAAAAAGAGUUGAUAUUAGUUGGUAUCACAAAGCUGCGUGGCGCCCACAGAGCAGAGUCCAUGAAAUAUUUCCAAACUAAGCUAUGUUUAACCCUCUCAUGUGAACACAAAGGGCUGUUUGGAGUGAACAGGACAAUCUAGUGAUUAUUACACAAAAUAACCACCAGGAACAAAAGUGUGUCUCAUCACUUUUUCAAAACAUCAAAUUUAGAGGAAUGUUUGGAAAAAUGAUUAUGAACUAAGUGGUGCACAUUUUCUGAGUUAGCAUAAAACUAAUUGCAGCUCUUGAGCAAUAUUUGAGCAAACCUGUAUUUAAAUAACGGAUAAAUAACAUGGGAUGCGUUAUAAUUCUAAUUUUUAUACCACUGGUUUCAGCUAAAUGAGAAAAAACUGAUUUUAGAAAGCAGAAUAUUUCAGACCCACUCGAUAUUACGGCUGCAUCAAAUAAUAAAUGCUGUUUUUUUUAGAUUGGAGCGAGUUUGUUGUAGACGAUGCAGAUGUUAGGGAUAGUUUCUUUAACUUAAUCCUUUACAUAUCACUUCAUAAAGUUUGUAUAAUUUAUAUCAAACAUGAACCUAAGUUAUUGAUGACUCGGCCUCGCGGGGGAAAGCAUGUGAACCUGGUUAUGAUGUUGCGUUCAAGGAAAGCUUCGAUUUUACAGCAUCAGGCCUCAGAGGGGAAGUUGCAUGAAUGAUUUUUGGGGGGUUCGAGUCCCUGUUAUAAAUAAAAAAAUAAAAAUCAAACACUUUUCUAGAUAACUAGAAACAUCCCACAGAGAGUUGUAUUAAUUAAUUUUUCAUCCAAAGCAGAUUUACGUUCCUUUUUUUGCGCUGAUGCACACAUUUCCUUUCGUGUUGCAUUUAGUUCACUGUAAUUUUAAUUUCACUGCACUGAUUGCAUAAAUUAUUGAUCCAACGGGGGCGGUUGCGUUUAACCAAACGGUGGGUGUACGGAUGAGAAAAGGGACUCGUAAACGUAGAGUAGCAGUAGAACAGAGCAGAUGAAGGGAGCAGAGGCUCGUCGGGUUUCCGGUUAUUAUCCGGUGAAUGUGAUGGAUUAUCCGAGUGACGUCAUCUCUGCUCACUAUUGUGUAGACCGUAGGAUAACUGAGCUCUGUGCUCGUAAUGUUUAAAUGUUAGAUUAAAAAAUGAUAAAGGUGUCACUGAUGGAUGCAUUUUUAUUAAGCUAAUGUCAGCAGGAGCAAACUUCUCUUUUUUUUUUUUAUACGUUUGAGCUUAAAAUGAGCUGAAGGUCUGGGUGACCAGACACUUGGAUCACCCUCCUGUGAAACCUGGUUGGAAUGUUCUUGACUUUCUUAGUACGCGUUUUGUCUCCUUCUCUUUUUCUGUCUUUUAUCGAUUAAUUUCUACCAAAGUAUCAUCGUGCACUAUAAAAAAUAAACUGUUGAAUUUACUCAACCAAGUCGCAUCAGCCGGUUCCGCCGAAGCUAGUUGCUUAAAUGUGAAGAGUUAACGUCAUUAUAUUAAAAAGUAGAUCUAUAUUACGCUUUACUUUGAAGCAGCUGGAACCAGUUGACGUUACUCCGUUACGUAAAUUCAACACUUUGUUUCGUAGAGCGCGUCCGCAGACAUAAAACUCAAAAUAUCGAACUUUUAACCGACGGUGAGGUAGCUCUUAAACUGCUGAUCGUCAUCUCCAAAACCUGCCGUCUCACAUCCUGCUUUAUUCUGAGCAAACUUUAAAAAAAAAUGUUUGUUUUUAAGAGUCUUAAAGGAAAGUUGGGAACCAGACCAAUUACUGAGAAAUCUUCUUGGACAUAAAAGUACAUUUCUUUCCUUUUUUUGCACAAUUAAUACAAUAAUAUUGCCAGAUCUUUGGUAUGCUCUUACUGUGUUCAGUUUCUAAUUCCAUUUUUAGUUAUUUUUUAAAAAACAGAAGUUUUUUUUACCUUGCUGACUGUUUUGUUUGCCGACUGCAGUCGGCAAACAAAACAGUCAGCAAGUUAAAAAAAACUUCUGUGUUUUGAAAUCAAACUAAAAAUGGAAUAUUGCCAUAGUUUUAUCAUUCGGACCCGUACUGUUGGAGGUAUUUUUACUUUUGGCUAGGAGCGCUGACUCAUCUGUUUGGUAUGGCGCGGUAUGGGGGCCAAAAUUAAGACUACUGCCCAGCAGCAGGAGGCUACAUAAAUUCCAAAGCAAACUACUGAUCUGAUUAAUGAUAAGCUGGCGCCGGUAACUGAGAGGCUGGCGCUGCUUACUGAGAAAUAGCACUUUUACCGGCAUUACUAAUAGAUACGCUAGGGACUAGCAGCCCUCGGCUGGUCAUUGACUGGUUCACACACUCCCUCUGCUGUCUAUUAGCAUGGAUAGGCUAACGUUAGCCUGGACGGGCUGGUGUUAGCAUUGGAGAGGCUUGCCAUUAGCGUGCCUAGGCUGGCCACUAGAUGGAUUUCCUACCUCCUCGAUGGACCAUUAGCAUGGAUAGGCUUGCAUUAGCAUCGGAGAGGCUAGCCAUUAGCGUGCCUAGGCAUUCCACUAGCUGGAUUUUCUACGCCCUUGACGGACCUUAAGCAUGGAUAGGCUGGCAUUAGCAUAGGAGUGGCUAGCCAUUAGCCUGUCUCGGAGAGUCACUAGUCAGCUAGUGGCCAGCCUAGGCACGCUAAUGGCUAGCCUCUCCGAUGCUAACGUCGGCCUAUCCAUGCUAAUGGUCCGUCAAGGGGGUAGGAAAUCCAGCUAGUGGCCAGCAUAGGCACGCUAAUGGCUAGCCUCUCCAAUGCUAACACCAGCCCGUCCUGGCUAACGCUAGCCUAUCCAUGCUAAUAGACAGCAGAGGGCGUGUGUGAACCAGUCAAUGACCAGCCGAGGGCUGCUAGUCCCUAGCAUACCUAUUAGUAACGCCGGUAAAAGUGCUAUUUCUCAGUAAGCAGCGCCAGCCUCUCAGUUACUGGUGCCAGCUUAUCAUUAAUCAGGUCGGUAGUUUGCUUCAGAAUUCAUAUAGCCUCCUGCUGCUGGGCAGUAGUCUUAAUUUUGGCCCCCAUACCGCGCCAUAGUUUGGAAGAAAACAGCUGAAUGUUACUAACUUUCAGCAGGAAGUAAAGAUUGUGUCGGAAUGCUCUGAAAAAGCCGCUCGGUUUAGAAAGGAUCCGUGUUUAGUAACUCGCGCAGUUGUGUUCGGUAAUCAGGGUCUCCAUGCCGUCUCGUCGGGCUGAUCCGACACUGAAAGAGUGUGUGUGGUACUCCGCUUCUGUGUGUUUGUGGUUUCUCUGCCAGGUCAGAUCCACAGUGACACGAGAAUCCAACUACUAGUUUUUUUAACGUUUGGUUUCUGUAUGUUUUUCUUUAGCAAUAUGCAAGUUUGUUUGUUUUUUUUUUUUCAAUGUUGUGUGAAAGCUGCACUUUACACACCGCUGGUUGAGACAAAAGCCGCCCAGCAAUAUCGGUUCACCUCUGCAGCUUUGUCGGGUUUCUAAAGAGGACAAAGCUAAACGAGCAGGAAUCCUAAAGAGACAAAAUGACACCUGAGAGAUGGCGGUUUGGUUCGGAAGUCCGCCGGAGCGAGAGCGGAAGAGUUCUGUUUACCUGUAGCAAGAGAAACGAAGCCGGCGCUUCUCUUGAGGGAAUUUGUUUUAUUUUUUUCUGUUUAUCAAAGUGUUUGUUGAUGGAUUCUGUGGAACUUGAAACAUUUUGGAAAUGUGUUUUAUAAUUUUAGCCUUUUUUGUUGAUAAUGUUGUAAUUAUUAAACAUCUGACUGGGGUUGACUUUAA